GGAGUCACUCCUCGGAGAGAAGAAGACGAACCGAAACCAAACCCUUAAUAAAUCCUCCAUCUCCGCCAUUGCCAAUCUUCCCCCUUCCUCUCCUCUCCGAAACCUCCACUGUUAUGUGCUUCGCAACGAAGCCACGCAUAAGCUUCGCUGUGGAUGGGCGGCGACGGGGACUACGGCGACUCUCCGACAGGUCCUCCGCCGCCAGACGACGCCGUCCCGGAGGAGGAUGACUCUUCGCCGGCUUCUUCCUUGCUCAGAAACCGACUCGCCGAGUCGCCGAUCCUCCUGCUCGUCUACUUCCACAAGGCGUUCCGCGCCGAGGUCGCCGACCUCCGUCGCGCUGUCGCCAACGCGUCGGAGCGUGGACACCACUCGCGGGACUUCAACUUCGAGCUCUUGCGCCGCUUCGAGUUCCUCAAGCUCGCUACGAAGUACCACUGCGCUGCCGAGGACGAGGUGAUUUUUCUGGCGCUUGAUGUUCACGUGAAGAAUGUGGCGAGUACCUAUUCGCUUGAGCACAAGAGCAUCGACGGGCUUUUCGAUUCGAUCUUCUUCCGGUUGAAUGCGAUGUUGGAGGAAAAUGGUGAUCAGGACGUUUCGGUGAAGCCGUUUCAAGAGCUCGUGUUUUGCAUCGGCACAAUCGAGACCUUCAUUUCCAAUCAUAUGCUUAAAGAAGAGAAACAGAUUUUCCCAUCGCUCAUGGAGCACAUCUCCACCAAGGAACAGGCCUCACUUGUGUGGCAGUUCCUGUGCAGUGUCCCUAUAGUGCUACUGGAGGACAUGUUUCCAUGGAUGCUCUCCUUUCUUUCACCUGAAGAACAAGUGGAAGUUACAGAUUGUGUAAGGGAAAUUGUACCUGAAGAAAAGUCGCUACAGGAGGUUGUACUUUCUUGGCUUGGUAAUAAUGUCCAUUCCUCAUUGGGUUCCUAUAGAAAGAGUGGAGGAGUUGCAGACAUGAAAAUGUUACUCAAGUCUUAUUCAUGUCGGAGACUUCUUGGAGACACUUGGAGAGCAAGUUCUCAUAAUGAAGUUGGACACAAUCCGGUUGAUGGUCUUCAUCUUUGGCACGGUGCAAUUAGGAAAGAUUUAAUAGCGGUGCUGGAGGAGCUCUAUCAAUCAAGAAGCUCAAGCGAGUACUCAAAUCUUGACAAACUUGUUGUCCGACUAAAAUUCCUUGCUGAUAUCAUUACAUUUUACAGCAAUGCAUUGGACAAACUAUUCUGCCCCGUGUUAAACCAACUUGUCCAUGGCUGUAUGUCUCCCUCAGCUGAAGGGUUCCGCGGUGAGAAGCAUAUUGAAGGUCUACAAAUGCUUCUCUACCAAAGUGCUCAAAAAGACAUAAAUGUGGGCAAAUUUGUCAAUAAACUUUGCUGGGAGCUCGAGUCUUUCAUCGUGGAACUCAGCAAACAGUUUGCUUUCCAUGAAGCAGAGGUGUUUUCGAUCAUUGGCAAGAAUUGUAGUCAUCAGACACAGCGGCAGCUCCUGUUUGCGAGCGUUCAUAUGAUGCCACUGGGGUUGCUAAAGUGCGUGAUUACAUGGUUUUCAUCUCACUUAUCUGAUGAUGAAUCCAGGUCCAUCCUUAACAGGAUCAAGCAAGAAGAUUCUUCAAUUAAUGGAUCUUUGGGGUCACUCUUACAUGAGUGGUUUCGCACUGGUUGUUCCGGUAAAAUCUCCAUUGAAAAAUUUGGAAAGAACCUGCAACAAAUGUUCAAGAGCAGGCGCUCUUUCUUAUCUGAGAAAAUCAAGGAUGGUGCUGGAUCUUCAUCUUUAUACUCCAAUAAGCAACCUUGUGAGGAAUCCGACUUAAGGCUAAAGGUGCCAAGCUCUGCGAAAAUGGGGAAGAGCUGUUUGUCAUAUUCUUCAUCUUGUGGUCACACUGCUAGGAAAUGUGAGACAUCAUAUUCCAGUGUAAUUAAUCUGUACAUCUAUUUUCCAGAAGCAUUAAAGGGAACUCAUCCCUUUUCAGAAAUUCUAGGUGGAGAAAGUCACUCUGGUUCUGUUCUUAAUGAUCCGAAACCAAUGGACCUCAUAUUUUAUUUCCACAAAGCCCUCAAGAAAGAUUUAGAAUAUCUUGUCUGUAGUUCCAUUCAGUUGGCUGCAAAGGUUGGGUUACUUGAAGAGUUCUGCAGGCGCUUCAAUCUCAUACAGUUUUUGUAUCAGAUCCAUAGCGAAGCAGAGGAUGAGAUUGCCUUUCCAGCUUUGGAGGCCAUGGGAAAAGCCACAAACAUCAGCCACUCUUACACCAUGGACCACAAGCACGAAAGUGAGCACUUCAGAGGAGUAUCACUCAUACUAGAUAAGUUGUCUGAAUUGAGUGUUGCACUUUCUGAGGUUGACUCAAACAGGGAUCAGAUAAUGAGGAAGCACUACCAGCUAUGCAUGGAGCUUCAUGUUAUGUGCAAAUCUAUGUAUGAACUCUUAUCUGACCAUAUUCAUCGAGAAGAGUUGGAACUUUGGCCUUUAUUUCGAGAAUGCUUUUCCGUAAAGGAGCAAGAAAAGAUUGUCGGAAGCAUUCUUGGAAGAACAAAUGCAGAAAUACUACAAGAUAUGCUACCUUGGUUGAUGGGAUCUUUGACACAAGAAGAACAGCAUAUAAUGAUGUCCCUAUGGCACCAGAUCACAAGAAAUACGAUGUUUGAUGAAUGGUUGAGAGAAUGGUGGGAGGGGUAUGAUAUCUCUGAGGUAGCAGAGGAGUCAAAUGUUGCACCUUCUACGAUUGAUGAUCCCUUGAAGAUUAUCUUUGAAUUCCUCUGUGAAGUUAAUGAGCAGCAAGGAAAACUUUGUAGCCAAAACAUGAUAAUUGCGGAGAAAGGUUAUGUUGGUGGUACUGUCAACCGAAUGGGAGAUCAUAAGGUGGAUGAGAAACCAAUGGAUUCUGAUUUCGACCUAGAUAAUGACGGUAGUUUAGAACAUAGAGGACCUUACACUGAGGAUGAGAAAAAGAGAACCCUUGAAGUACAAAAUGUCACAUGUCAAAUUAAACCGGGAGCAUUUAUUGAAGCUGCCCAGAACUCCAAGUAUUAUCAUUUCCUUUUGGAAAUGAGUCAAGAAGAUCUGGAGGCUGCAAUCAGAAGAGUGUCACGUGACUCUUCCUUCGAUUCUCAGAAGAAAUCAUACAUAAUUCAGAACCUGCUAGUAAGCCGGUGGAUUGUCAGACAUCAUUCUCAUUUAACUCCCUCGAGCAAUGAGCAAGAGUUUCCUGGUCAGCACGCAUCAUAUAGGGACCCUCUCAAUUUAAGUUUUGGUUGCAAACACUACAAGAGGAACUGUAAGCUUGUUGCUCCUUGUUGCAACCAGCUUUACACUUGCUUACGCUGCCAUGAUGACAUGGCUGACCAUACUAUAGAUAGGAAAACCGUAACAGAAAUGAUGUGCAUGCAAUGCUUAAAAAUUCAACCUAUUGGUCGCACAUGCUCAACGGUUUCCUGCAAGAAAUCUUCCAUGGCAAAAUACUUUUGCAGGAUCUGCAAAAUUUUUGAUGAUGAAAAGGAAAUUUACCACUGCCCUUACUGUAAUCUGUGUCGUCUUGGGAAGGGAUUGGGUAUUGACUACUUCCAUUGCAUGAAUUGCAAUGCUUGCAUGGCACGAACUCUCUUCAUGCACGUAUGCAGAGAAAAGUCGUUUAUGGAUAACUGCCCAAUCUGUCAUGAAGACAUCUUCACCUCCAGUUUGCCGGUGAAGGCUCUUCGAUGUGGGCAUAUGAUGCACUCUAAAUGCUUUGAGGCGUACACAUGUACCAGUUAUACCUGCCCAAUUUGCGGCAAGUCACUUGGGGACAUGAAGGUGUAUUUUAAUAUGCUAGACGCAUUAUUGGCUGAGGAGAAAAUUCCAGAUGAGUACUCCAGCCAAACUCAGGCCAUACUAUGCAACGACUGUGAGAAGAGAGGAGAGGCUCCCUUUCAUUGGCGUUACCACAAAUGCUCUCUUUGUGGUUCAUACAACACCAGGGUUUUGUGAACAUUUUUUAUUUUUUUAAUUUUUGGGUAGAAAUCAUGAUGUGUAAAUAAAUUCCUUAGCGAGUUUGAAUAAUUGCUUUGAUGAAGCUACCGGUAUAAAUCAGCA